CAUCAAUUCCAAACAUCAAUUCCAAACAUCAAUUGAUCAAUUCUCUACAAUAUCCUUCCCACCACACUCGAUCUCUGUUUCCGCCCUGCCUGAUCCGCUGGAGGAGGCAAACACAUGCCUGUCGAAGCAAACACUUACGAAAAAAAGGUCCGUAUACUUUCUUUUUCCCAGCUGUUUUUGGCCACCAUUUGAAGGUGAAGCUCCCAAUUCACCAACGCAAAUACCCCUCUUCCAUUGUCUUCCCACCCCUCAUUCAGGUUUCCAGCCUCCCCUUUUUCCGUCAAACUUGGACCAUAUAACACUCCCCCUCCCUCCUACAAACAACAUCUUCUCCAUCCACUUUACUAAAUCACCAACCAUAGAAACCACUUCUACAUACCAACCAAAAAGCGCAAACAUGGCAGGCAAACGCGGAUCUACAAAGUCCUCCUCUCCAGUUUGCCCAGGUGCUCCAAAGAUGACCAAGAACACAACGAAGAAGCGAUCUGCCGCAGAAGUUAGCAGCUCAAGCUCACCUGCCAACGACGGUCAACCGAAGAAGAAGCGCGGCCGCCCUUCAAAGGCUGACUUGCUUGCUCGUCAACAAUCUUCUGAGAAUGGCAAUGGCGGUGGUGCGGACGAUACUCAAGACAAGGCUGAGGAUCAGAUGGAGGGUGUCGUGAAGGAGUCUAUUAAGGAAGUUGACAACGUCAAAGGCGAUGCCAAUGGAGCUGAUUCACCUGCAGAUACACCAAAGAAGAAGCGUGGUCGUCCUUCUAAGGCUGAUUUGCUUGCCCGUCAACAGUCUUUAGAGGAGAGUACUACUAGUGAAAGCAAGAAGGAGGGAAGUGUUAAGGAUGGCGAGAAGGAGAAUGGAGAGAAGGAUGGCGAGAAGGAGAAUGGAGAGAAGGCUGCUGAAGAUGGUGAUAAGAUGACUGGUGUUGAAAAUGAGGCCAAUGGUCAUGCUAAUGGUUCUCACAAUGGUGAUGAGGCUGGCAAGCCAGAGGAACAUACUAAUGGUACCAAUGGUAAGUUGGAAGGUGAAGCUCACGAAGAGAAGAACGCAUUUGACUUGGUCAAAUCAGGUCUCAAUGAUGAAAAUCUCAAGACAAAGGAAAAGUCUUCAGCUCCAAGCCAAGAACCUAAGGCUCCUACAGCUAUUCCCUCCGUUGAGCACGCUACGGAAGUGAAGGAAAACACUGAGCCAAAGGAAGAGACGACCCCUCAAGGCGAAACUGCAGUCAAAGACUUCGCCCGCCAAGAAGAAAUCUCAUCCUCGAUUUUGGAGAAGGGUAUCAUCUACUUCUUCUUCCGCUCGCGCGUCAACGUUGAUGAGCCACAAGGUAUCGAAGAUGUAGCCCGUAGCUAUGUCGUUCUUCGACCUCUUCCCCUUGGCGCAAAGAUUAGCGAGGGUACACUUGCCGAUGAUGGAAAUGCACGACUUCUUGCUCUUCCAAAGAAGAAGUUGCCGGAGGGUGGCAAGGAUCGCUUCUUGGUUUUCGUUGAGAAGAAGGGUGUUACUGUUAAGGAAUUGAGAGAGCAGUUAUCUGGUGAUGAGUAUGCUAACAAGACUCAGGGGUAUGUAUUCAAAUACUUUUCAUUUCCGUUUUCAAUUCAGAUCUAAUUAUUGUCUUCAGAACCACCAACGUCCAACCCGCAACCCCCUUCGCAGAAGGAAUCUACGCCAUCACCUCCACAACUCGUGAAUCCCACCUCGCAUACCACAUCACAGUCCCGGAAAAGGUUGGCGAGAUCCAAAAUGAGCUCGGCCUCAAGCAAAAAGGCAGUUUCGUCGUCUCCGCCAAGAAUCCCGAGACAGGAAACGGCAACGUCGGACUUGAGAACCCAGCUAAGUACCCUGAGGAUCUUCAAACGAAAUUCCGUGGUUUGCGAUGGAUGCCCCUCAUUCCCGAGCUGUUGGAGUAUGAAAACACCCAGUUUUUGGUCAUUGGUGAAGCGGCGGGAAAUAUGGAUAAGGCACUUGAAGAGAUGAAGAAGGAUGAGAAGGAUGAGACGAAGGAAAAGCCUGAGGAGGAGGUUGAGAAGCUUGUUGAGGAGGUUAGUUGUCCCCUAUCACAUCCACAUUUCGCUUCCCAGGAAUUCUUACGAAUGAAAACUGAUGGCAAUAAUGCAGGAUCACGACCGAAUCGCCAGUCUCGAAGAGGAUGACCCCAUCUUCGCGGAUUUGGGACUCAGUGCUGGUGAGCACAACCACUUGACUUCGACAUGGUAAAUCUCCAUCAAGCUCUUGAACACCUGGUUUUCUGGCGUUUGGCUUGCUUAUGGAAAACGGGGAGUACGAAAAACUUUGCAUAUUAUCUUUUUCUUCCCAAGAUGGGUUGGGGUGAUACUUGCUGGCUUGCUUUUACACCGGCGUUGAAAUACAAUACUUGAUCGCGCAAGCGUAAAAUAAGAAUGAAAUGUAUGGAUGGAUGGUGGGUGAGCUUUUUGUCUAUAGGACAGUGGACUGGAAACUUCAUUACGGGCAGGAUUGAUUCAUGAGUAGAUGAUAGGAUGGUUGGUGCUUUGCAUAUGCACUAUUAGGAUAGUUACUAAAAGACUACGAAUUCAUUUGAUUUUA